GAAAAAAAACAGAGAAAAUAAAACACUUCAGAAUUUGCAAGAACACCAAAAGAAAAGUUUUAAAGCUUUUAAUAGCUUAAAUAAAUCUUACAGAGAUGCUCUGAAGUUUAUAUCUUUUGUAUGAACCUUAAAGAAAAGAAGCCUCUGUUUUCUUUUCUCUUAAGCAGAAUGAUCUUUUGUUGCAAAAUCAUUAUCUAGUGUCUCUCGUGCUCUUCAUCUCGUUGGUUCUGUUGAGGAACUCUCCAAAAAUAACCUUUUUUGAUCUUUACUUUCUGGAAACCAUGAAAGCUCCAUCAAAUGGAUUUCAUCCCAAUCCAACCGAAGAAGAGAAGAAACCAAUCAACUCUCAGCUAUGGCACGCUUGUCUAUGGCACGCUUGUGCAGGCCCUCUGGUCUCAUUGCCACCUGUGGGAAGUCUUGUUGUUUACUUCCCUCAAGGACAUAGCGAACAAGUUGCAGCAUCAAUGCAGAAGCAAACUGAUUUUAUACCAAACUACCCAAAUCUUCCUUCUAAGCUCAUUUGUUUGCUUCAUAGUGUUACUUUACAUGCUGAUACAGAGACCGAUGAAGUCUAUGCACAAAUGACUCUUCAGCCUGUGAAUAAGUACGACAGAGAAGCAUUGCUAGCUUCUGAUAUGGGUCUAAAGCUAAACAGACAACCUACUGAGUUUUUCUGCAAGACACUUACUGCGAGUGACACCAGCACUCACGGUGGGUUCUCUGUACCACGUCGUGCAGCUGAGAAAAUAUUCCCUCCUCUUGACUUCUCAAUGCAACCGCCUGCACAAGAAAUUGUAGCUAAAGAUUUACACGACACUACAUGGACCUUCAGACAUAUCUACCGUGGUAGAGAUGAGAAAUCACAGCUGACGUUGGGUAUAAGACGUGCAAAUAGACAAACACAGACUCUUUCCUCAUCAGUCAUAUCCAGCGGCAGUAUGCACAUUGGGAUACUCGCAGCUGCAGCUCAUGCUAACGCCAAUAACAGUCCUUUUACCAUCUUCUUUAAUCCAAGAGCAAGUCCUUCAGAGUUUGUAGUUCCUCUAGCUAAAUACAACAAAGCGUUGUAUGCUCAAGCAUCUCUUGGAAUGAGAUUCAGGAUGAUGUUUGAGACUGAGGAUUGUGGGGUUCGUAGGUAUAUGGGUACAGUCACUGGUGUUAGUGAUCUUGAUCCUGUUAGAUGGAAAGGCUCACAAUGGCGUAAUCUUCAGGUAGGAUGGGAUGAAUCAACAGCUGGAGAUAGACCAAGCAGAGUAUCUAUAUGGGAGAUUGAGCCAGUCAUAACUCCUUUUUACAUUUGCCCUCCUCCAUUUUUCAGACCAAAGUAUCCGAGCCAACCGGGGAUGCCAGAUGAUGAGGUUGACAUAGAAAAUGCCUUCAAGAGAGCAAUGCCUUGGAUGGGAGAAGAGUUUGGGAUGAAAGAAACGCAGAGUUUGAUGUUUCCUGGUCUAAGCCUUGUUCAGUGGAUGAGUAUGCAGCAGAACAACACAUUGUCAGCUAGUGCUGCUACUACUCAGCUAUCAUCCGCUUAUAACCUACCAAACAAUUUUGCUUCCAAUGACCCUUCAAAGCUGUUGAACUUUCAAUCACCUAACCACUCUCCUGUGAAUUCACAGUUCAACAAGCCGAACAUGGUUAGCCAUCUUAGUCAACAGAUGCAAGCACAGCCAACCAUGGUAAAAUCUCAAGAACAAGAACAACAACAGUUGCAGCAACAAGUACAGAUGUCACACCAACAACUGCAGCAACAUCAGCAGCAGCAGCAAGGGGUUUAUAAUGCAGGUUCUGUAAACAAUGGCGUGAGUGUUGUCUCUAAAAUGAACCACCAGAACAUAGUUGGGAACAAGGGCUCAUCUCAAAUGACAUCACAAGAAUUGCAGUUUCAGCAGCAAAUGGAAUUGCAUAACAGUAGCCAACAGUCCUCUAUGCAUUCACUGCACAAAAAUCCUCAGCAACUCCAGAUGCAACAACAAUCAUCACAACCAAGUCCCUCACAGCAGCUUCAGUUGCAGCUACUGCAGAAGUUACAGCAACAGCCACAGUUAUCCGCGUUGCAGCAGACACAAAGCCAUCAACUGCAACAACUGCUGUCGUCUCAGAAUCAACAGCCCUUCUCAGCUUCAACAUUCAUGCAGCCUCCACAGGUGCAGGUGAGUCAUCAUCAGCAACAAGGACAUAUGGAUAAUAAGCCUCUUGUAGCCGCUGGAAGAUCACAUUCUGGUCACACAGAUGGAGAAGCUCCUUCUUGUUCCACCUCGCCUUCCACCAAGAACACCAGACAUAAUAAUGUUUCACCAACAAAUGUCCUGAGCAGAAAUCAACAACAAGGACAAGCAGGAUCUGUAGCUGCAACUGCUGAACAGAUCAAGUUUAAAGGCGCAGUAACAGAUCAAAUCAAUGUAUCUACAGCGGGAACAACUUAUUGUCCCGUUGGCACUGCACAGCAGCAACAACAGACUUUCCCACUACCAUCAUUCGGUUUUGACGGAGAUUGCCAACAAAGAAACAACUUAUCCUUCGCUGGUAAUCUUGAAACAGCAACUCCUGAUGCACUCUACUCUCAAAAGGAGUUUCAGAACUUGGUUCCAAACUAUGGCAACGCACCAAGAGACAUGGAGACAGAGCUCUCGAGUGCUGCAACAAGUUCUCAGUCAUUUGGUAUUCCCAGCAUCCCUUUUAAGUCCGGAGGCUCAAAUGAGAUAGGUGGGAUCAAUGAUUCAGGUAUCAUGAAUGGUGGUGGACUCUGGCCUAAUCAAGCUCAACGAAUGCGAACAUAUACAAAGGUUCAAAAACGAGGGUCAGUAGGGAGAUCAAUAGACGUUACCCGUUAUAGCGGAUACGAUGAGCUCAGAAGUGACUUAGCAAGAAUGUUUGGCAUCGAAAGACAACUCGAGGACUGGAAACUCGUCUACACAGAUCAUGAAAACGAUAUAUUGCUUGUUGGUGAUGAUCCUUGGGAAGAGUUUGUGAACUGCGUGCAAAACAUAAAGAUACUAUCAUCAGUAGAAAUGCAGCAAAUGAGCUUAGACGGAGAUCUUGCAGCUAUCCCAGCAACAAACCAAGUCUGUAGUGAGACAGACAGUGGAAAUGCUUGGAAAGUACAUUAUGAAGACACUUCUGCUGCAGCUUCAUUCAACAGAUAGAAGAACAAGAAGAUGCAAAAUACAUCAAAAUCAACUUAUGGUACAGCUUUUUUGUGUGUGCUACAAACAACAGACUACAAGGUGUAUAUAUUAGGACAGUGAUUUGGUUCGUCAUUCUAACUUGAUGUUGCUGUCUUUUUCUUCUUUCCAUAACCUGGGAACAACCAAAAAGAUGACUAAAGUCUAUUAAUAGUGUCUCUAUAUCAAAAUACUACAAUGUAAUCAUUAUAUUCAGUACAAAACGGACUCCUAUACAGAUACUACAAUGUAAUGUAACUAAAAUCAAUCAGUCAUAUUCAGUAA